UGAUUUGUAUUUGUUUGUCCAGUGGUUAAAAUCCCGAUCCCUUUCGCGGUCAUCUGCGCGUUUGCCUCCUCACACAAGAGCAUUACAAGAGUCAUAGGCUGAUUAAGCUGCUUUGGCACCAUGACAGCGCGCGGUCGGGGAUAUUGAUGUUAUGUAGGCUCAAAUGGAAACAGAAUCUCCAAUACUGAAUGUUCAACAUGUGAGAAAUGUUCGCCUAUUUAAAGGCGUCCAGUGAAACUAUAUUUGUGUCAGGGCGCCAUAUGUGGCUGGGAGAAUCGUCUGAGAUCUAGAAAAAAUGGCUUGUGCAGCCGACAGCUGCAUCCAAUUCACGCGUCAUGCAAGUGAUGUUCUGCUCAACCUGAACCGACUGCGUUGCAGAGAUAUCCUUACAGAUGUCACGAUUCUGGUUAACAGACAACAGUUUCGAGCACACAAAACAGUCCUUAUGGCAUGCAGUGGGCUCUUCUACUCAAUCUUUACUGAUUCACACAAAUGUAACCUGAACGCCAUCAGUUUGGACCCGAAGGUCGACCCAGAGGGUUUCGCAAUCCUUCUGGAGUUCAUGUACACUUCACGUCUCACACUGAAGGAGAGCCUCAUCAUGGCCACCAUGAACACAGCCAUCUAUUUACAGAUGGACCACGUUGUUGACACCUGCCACAGAUUCAUAAAGUCCAGUGACUCCUCCAUCAAACUUCCCAGAGAGGACUUUCUGGUCAGCCCCCUGCUUUUACCUCAAGACGUUCACAGUUACAGACCCCAUGAGGUGCUGGAAAACGUUCCUGGACGGGCAGCGACUUUCAGAGAUGGGAGACCCUAUGGUGUCUGCAUGUUUAAUGGGGUCAACGCUCCUAACAGCUCGUACCUUUACAGCCAAUUUCCCAUGCAAGGUUUUCCCUUUCCUCUUUGCAAGCUGACAGAUACCAAAAACACAUUCUCAGAUUUCUCAAAGGGAGGCAUCAUCCAUCACAAACACUGCUCGCCAGUUGAUGGCAACAACCCCGUGCUGGCCGAUUUCACCCGUAGCGCUACCGGCGGGAGCUCAACUGCUUGCCAUGCCAGUUCUUACUCGAGAGAGCUGGGAAGGGAUGAGGAAAUGAAACGGGAAACUUUGGAGGGAGUGGUCCAUUCGAUUGGGAUGAGCUCCAGAAAACACGGAUUCACCAGCCUGGCCCAGGAGCAGCAGCAGAGGGAGACUGGGAAAGAACAAAGUUCCCUGGCAGAGGAGCAUUUGAGCCACCAACACUACUCCAUGGGAAUAUCCUCUAAUGGACGCAAAACCUUGAUGAGCAGUCCUCAGAGCCCCCUCAAAUCAGACUGCCAGCCCAAUUCCCCAACGGAAUCGAGCAGCAGCAAAAACGCCACCCUGGCACAGUCCUCGCAACCUCCAACCUCUCAAAGUACUCAAGACCCUAAAGCUCGUAACUGGAAGAAAUACAAAUUCAUUGUUCUCAAUCAGAGCUCCAAGGAGGAGGAGACCAGUCCUCGUGACCCUGGAAGGCACUCCCCGCAGAGACCCGGCUUGUCUGCCUUUCUUCACCAUGUUGAUUCUGAACAUCCCGACUCGAAGGCGGCAACAAAGAUCAGCGAGCAAGGCGAGGACUUCACAGCGCCUCAAGCCAGUCGCCUCAACAACAUAAUCAACAGCAGAACUCUAGAGGGGUCGCAGAGGAACAGCGACAGCCACUCUUCUCUCUAUAUGAGCCAUCUAAAAUGCUCGUCCUGUGGCUCUCAGUCUCCACAGCACUCUGACGUCUGUCCCAACACGUCCGCCUCACGUCUGGCCGAGGAGAUGUCUGAAAUGCAAUCGGAGUACUCCGAUUCCAGUUGUGAAAAUGGAACAUACUUCUGUAAUGAAUGCGACUCCAAGUUUGCAGAGGAGGAAGCCUUGAAACGCCACACGCUUCAGGUCCACAGUGACAAGCCAUACAAAUGUGACCGUUGCCAAGCAGCAUUCCGCUACAAGGGAAACCUUGCCAGUCACAAAACCGUUCACACCGGAGAGAAACCGUAUAGAUGCAAUAUCUGCGGGGCUCAGUUCAACAGACCAGCUAACCUCAAAACCCACACACGAAUUCACUCAGGAGAAAAGCCAUACAAGUGCGAGACAUGCGGCGCUAGAUUUGUUCAAGUUGCUCACCUUCGGGCUCACGUUCUGAUUCAUACCGGAGAGAAGCCAUAUCCAUGCGAGAUCUGUGGCACUCGUUUCCGCCAUCUGCAGACGCUGAAAAGUCACCUGCGGAUACACACGGGAGAAAAGCCCUAUCAUUGUGAGAAAUGCAACUUGCAUUUUCGCCACAAGAGUCAGCUGCGGUUACACCUGCGGCAGAAGCACGGCGCAAUCACCAAUACCAAGAUCCAGUAUCGCAUGUCCUCGACAGACCUACCGACCGACUUAACCAAGGCAUGCUGAGAAGGCACUUAGGGGCAGACCUGACCAUGGCAUUAUAUGACCUGACUUGUACAAUCAUUCUAAAUUUUAGUGCCACACUGUGUUAAUCGGACAAGAAAAAAAAACAAAAAAACACUGGCAAGAAAAUGCCAGUCUAAACGGGUUUCCUCUACAUUUGAACAUAGAACCACAAUUUGGUCUCUUGUAGUCACUUUAUUGUUUAUAUUUACACACACAUAUAAUAUAUAUUAUAUAUAUAUAUUAAUGUUGGGAGCGUUUUUACAUUUUGAGUUACUAAAAAAGCUUUAUUUUGUUGGAAGAAGGAUGGAAUGUAAAACAUUUAAAUCCGGUUUUUGAAAAUACAGUAUUUUCUAACGAAAAAAAAAAAAAGGGAAACAAAAAACUUUUCUGAAGGUAUUGGGGAUUUCGAUUGAGGUUGGAAUAUUUUAAGUCAAACACAUUUCCAGCAAAGCAAAGAUUUGUGUAUCU